AUGAGCGCCAACACGAGAACGAAUUGCUUUUACAAUCUCAGCACCGAGGAGAGACUCAACUAUUUCGAGCAUGAAAGCGAAGCCCAAGUCAACCGAAUGUUCCUCGUUUUUCACGGUUAUAUGAUCGGCCCGUUGGCUAUUCUUGCGAUCAUUUUCUCAGUGAUAUUUAUUGUGACGACAUUCCGGGCGAUUCGUCUCCGUCGUGUCUCCCGUAAACACUAUGUUCUAUUGUUGAAUCGCGCAAUCGGUGAUCUCCUUGCCGGUUUGACAGCCACCAUUUCAGCAAUUGUCGCCAUUUUCUUCUCCGAUUUCAACCGUGACAUCGCUUUCCUCUUCGAAUCUUUCUUUUUCGCGGCUUUCUGGAGUGCGCUCGUUUCGUACACAAGUCUUUCCGUCUUAAAGUUAUACGCCGUUUGGCAACCGCUUUCCUAUCGAAACACGUUCACUUUCGAUAAAUGUAUCUACAUCAUUGUUACCAGUUGGAUCGCUUUCGUGGUGAUUUCCGGGAUGACGAUGGGCGUCACGGCACUCGUUCGUGUUCAAUGGAUGUCCGAGUGGUCGGGAUGCAAAGCCGAAACGUGUCUCCGACUAAUGUAUCGAUCUCGUAACACAUUCACCUGUUUUGUCUACUUUUUCACCAUUGUCGUUUUCCUCAUUACUGUGGGUCUUUUGAAGAAAGCGGAACGGAAUGCAAUGUUCGACGCGAGACGAGAAUCCCGAUCAUCGCAAGGAGGGAGGAUGGGAAGAACGAGAUUUCCCCUGUGGAAAUUGGCGCUGAACGUGAGCACUUUCGCUAUUCUACAAGCUCCCCAUGUUGUUUGGAGUCUCUACUUACUCAGCUCAAAUCAAUGUCAUUUCCAAAUUUACUACGCCGAAAGCAUGGGGACAUUGGCUUUUGUGCGAGCAUCGAUCAUGCUGAGAAUUAUCCUGGAUCCGAUUGUCUCGUUUAUCACGGACUACCAGGUUCGAAAGCUUUUCCUUGACUGGAUCGGUGUUCCGCGUACAUGGUUCUGCUAUUCUUCCCGAAUCCACGCAAGCAGUACUAUUUCGACCGAUUCCGAAUCCAACAAAAGAAAGUCCACGCAACCAUCAAUGGUCGAA